AUACAUCAAUGGCAGUUCUGGAUCUUCACCACCCAUGGCUCUUUGGGUUUGGAAUCUUAGGUAACAUUAUAUCGUUGUUAGUAUUCCUCGCACCACUGUCAACAUUCAUUCGAAUUUGGAAAGCGAAAUCAACAAUGGGGUUUCAUUCGGUACCUUAUAUUAUGGCACUCUUUUCUUCCAUGCUUUGGAUAUACUAUGCUUUCAUCAAGAAGAAUGCACUUCUCCUCAUCUCCAUCAACUCCCUUGGAAUCCUCAUUCAGUCAUUUUACAUCCUCAUUUUCAUCUUCUUCGCGUCCCAUAAAGCCCGGUGUCACACGUUGAAGGAGUUGUUUCUCUGCAUUGGAGGGUUCACUUUAACUUUCGUGGUCACAUGGUUUCUUUUCCCUGGUGAAGUUCGCAUUAGCAUUGUUGGCUGGAUUUGUGUUGCAUUUUCCAUUGCUGUUUUUGCUUCACCGCUUAGUGUUGCGCUUCAAGUAUUCCAAACGAAGAGUGUUGAGUUCUUGCCAUUCUACUUGUCUUUCUUCCUCACAAUGAGCGCAAUUAUGUGGUUCGGUUAUGGUGCAGCAAUGAAGGACUUGCGCAUUGCGUUGCCAAACAUAUUGGGGUUCUUUUUGGGGCUACUUCAAAUUUUAUUGUACGUGGUAUACCGAAAAAGAGAUCCAAUUAAAGAGGACGGAGCCAAGAAAACAGGGGAGCAAAUGGUGGACAUGGAAAUGCAACCGAACACGACGUCAUCAUCUAAUAAUAAUAAUAACAACCAAAUUUCGGUGCACCCUAUAGAUUCAGAGCCAAAUUUGAAGGAAAGUACCGUUAAUUAAUUAGUUAUAUAAGGGAAUCAUAUUCAAACGGAGCAUGUGUGUACAUAGAGGUUAUUAAUUAUUAUGCAAAUAAAUGAGAUGAAUGAAU